AUGGAUGAUCUCGACUGGCUCGACUGGCUCGACUGGCUCGAUUCGCCUUCUCCACUCGAUACAAGGCUUGACAGGACCGACGACAUUGCAUCACUUGCGAAGGAUCCUCGACUUCGAGCGAGGCUUGGGCCCAUACGAAUCUUGGCCCUUGAUGGGCCUCGAGAGUACCUCAUUGGCCGUACGCCGGAGAACGACUUUGUUCUCUCGGGAAAGUUUGCGCAUUAUACGAGCAGAAAACAUGGUAAACUCAUCUGGGAUGGAUUCCAAAUGUUCAUAGUGGAUCUUAAGUCCGUGAACGGAACAUGGGUUAAUCAACGGCGCCUAGCGGACGGCGAAGUCCGCACACUUGAAGACCGGGAUCGAGUCGCGUUUACUCCUCUUCCACUUGAUUACCGGGCAGACCACGAAACAGAGCCUUUAGAAUUUCUGCAGAGCCAAGCGGGAGGACCACACGCAUUGGAAUUCGUGUACCACGCAUACAAGAUGGACGACCUCACAGACAAGCUACCUCCCAUCAUUGCUGCUGUAAGACUUUCACUUGCAGAGUGUGAUCGCAUACACAGAACUAUGAAGAGUAUCCGCCUGCCCUGCGCGGAUAGCAGCCCCGCUACAUUCACGCAUGAUACUAGUAUCAAGAGAACCUAUCGAGGCUCACUAGAUCGGAAUGAUCGACCUCAGACCCCCUUUUACAUCCCGCCCUUGCCAAUCGACUUCUACCCGCACAUGUAUACGAACAAACGACUUCACCAUGCCGUUCUCAUUACUCCAGGACCUGAAGAUGCCGACUCCGUCCCUGCGGAUCACCCGGACAUCAUUUGGCGCGAAGGCGUUCGCUACAAGCAUGUGCCGGGUACACGCCGUCCUCCUUCGGAGAUGCAGCAAUGGUCUAGCUUUUACAAUCUCCCCGUCGGGCUCCAUUGCGACUGGCCUCUAUUCUCUUCUAUUGAGUACGGUGCGCGACCGUCAGUGGAAGAGGCGCUACCGGAGCAUCACACCCCGCGCCAGGACGUUUAUGCUCGCUAUACGUACGACGACGAGCUCAUUGACGGAGGUGGUCCUGGCAUCGUGCCCGAAGUGACAUCGGCCCUCGAUCUACCUGGGUCAUCUCCCAUUACACCGUCGGGUGACGGGUUUGGGGCGUCGGGAGAUGCACAUCCAGAUGCGAUGCUUGACGACUCGCCAUCGCCAAACUUCGGACUUUCAUCACCAGCCGCGGCGUCACCACUCAGUCCAACUCCCAGCUCACCAACACAUACUAGGUCGAAGCGCUAUCGCUCACCGGACGAUGUCGACGAGGAACGGCCUGCGAAACAUGCCGCGCUCCCAAUGACCUUGGCUCAGAACUUCGGGUCGUCUCCUUCCGAGACCCGCGCGCGACCUUCUCGGGCGUCGCCGUCCUUGUAUCCUCUCAACACGGCCUCGGGUCUCCCCGACGUUCUCCUACCUCCUGCGAGUUACUCUGGACUCAUGGACGACGAGACCGCCAUACGCCACUCCCCUAGUCUAACUCACGUUGCGAUGGUCCAUCCGAGGACUGAUGAGCCUGUGCCGUCGGAGAUUGUCCCCUCGCGUCUGCGUCCUCCGAAGAAACGGCAGCGUGAAGUUGACCCUGACGAAGAGCGGGAGGCGAAGCGCCUACAUAUGGACACUACAACGCUUCCUUCCGAUAUGCUGCAACCUCCUGCGCCUUCUGUACCACUUCAAGAACGAGAUCGAACGACUGUGAGCGGUACUCUCGAUACAAGUACAUCGUCUGCUCGCCGAGUCGAUGGUCACGUACCAGAUCCACUCGUGGCACCGUGCGACACGCACCGCGCAAGCAGCGCUACCCAGCCGGUCCCCUCAUCUUCGGCACACAGCGAGAAAGGAUCGCGAGCAGCCAAGCGCAAACGCGACGCCGAGGCGGAUGAGCAAGAUAAUGACCAAAUACCCAUCAAAAAACGUCGAGCUGUACCCAUCGAGGUUUCUCGACCGCUUCGACGUUCUCUUCGCGUACGCGUCAAGGCGGGCAUGGCGCCUCAGCAUGAUUGA